CUAUGGCGGACAGGCGUGAUUCAGGUAGUGAUUCUGAUAUCAGUGAGGAGACAUUGGUUGGCAAUGUUAAUAAGUUGACUGUUGUGCCACAGGGAUAUUUUGGCAAACCAAAACAAGGUCAUUUGACAUUUGAUGCUUGCUUUGAAAGUGGAAAUCUUGGACGUGUUGAUUACAUAACGGAGUACGAAUAUGAUCUGUUUAUCCGACCUGACACUUGCAAUCCUCGCUUCCGAGUCUGGUUCAAUUUCACAGUGGAAAAUGUUUGUGUUGAUCAGAGAGUCAUAUUCAACAUUGUGAAUUUCAGCAAAACAAAAUCCUUGUACCGUGAAGGGAUGUCACCCCUUGUUCGAUCUAACAGUAGACCUAAGUGGGUUCGUAUUCCAGCAAAGAAUGUCUACUAUUACCGUUGUCCUGACCAUAGGAAGAAUUAUGUGAUGUCUUUUUUGUUUUGUUUUGACAAAGAAGAUGACGUUUAUCAGUUCUCCUAUUGCUUUCCUUACACUUAUACCAAACUUCAGAAUUACUUGGAUUCAGUUGAGAAGAAACAUCCUCACCUUUUCACUAGAGAGCUGCUCUGUCUUACUGUGCAAGAAAGACGUUUGGAUCUUGUAACCAUCACACAUCCAGCUAACUUUAAAAAUCCUCAGAAACAAAGGAUGGUAUUUAUUACUGCUCGUGUCCACCCUGGAGAAACACCAUCAUCAUUUGUUUGUCAAGGACUUAUUGAUUUCCUUGUAAGCAAUCAUAGUAUUGCAAAGUGUUUAAGGCAGCAUAUAAUUUUCAAAAUUGUACCAAUGCUGAACCCCGAUGGCGUCUAUGUUGGUAAUUACAGGUGUUCAUUGAUGGGCUAUGAUUUGAAUAGACAUUGGCUGGAACCUAACCCCUGGGCCCAUCCAACACUCUACGCAACCAAAAAUGUCCUGAUGGAAGCAGACAACAGUGAGGUAAGUCAAUUUGUAUUGUUUAAUUAUAUCGUAGCUGUUAUGCAAAAGUGUCGUAAGUCCAAAACAUUGCUUUUUCAGAAAACGAAAACAUAGUUUUACCAUUCCAUAGCAAAACUGUUGUACUACACUUUGACAAGUUUUGAUAUCUUGGCAUCUGAAGCAGUUGGAGAUCUGAUAGCUUGACCAAAAAAACCAGCUACUACAAACAAAACUAAAUAUUG